AUGCGCGUGCGCGGCAGAGGCGCACCGCGGCCCCGUCCGCUCGGCGCUGUCCGAGGUGCUGUUGCGGCUUCCGGAGCCUCGACCGCGAGGAAGGGCGGGGUCGCGGGCCCUUCUGCUCCCUCCCCACACCUCGGGCCCGGGGCGUCCUUUCAUUUGGUUUGGCCCUCGCUCGCGCGGGGGGGAAGCCGGGCCGGAGGCGCGGGGGCUCCAGUGCGCGUGCGCGAGCGGCGCCCGCCCCCUCCCCCGCCCGGCGCUGCUCUGUGGGCCGGGGCGCCGCGGGCUCGGCGGGGGAGCCGCGCCACAGGAGCGUCAGCAAGUCCCCUGAGAAAUACCCCUAAUUCUCUGCAAGCUCUUCCACCCACCAUCACCCCCAGGAGGGAAGGGGCAGCUGUGCCUCCAUUUUCCUACGGCUGGUGGCUUCCAGGAUCAGUUCUGCCCAUGUUACCAGUCAAGAAACUACACACAGGGUGUGGGCCUUCAUCCAUGUCCUUCUCUGGCUCUCAAGUGUUAGGGGCAGGCCUGCCGACCUGUGUUUCAGGAGGCCCAUCACAUCCAGGGUGGACUAUAAGGAAGCCCUUCAGGAGGCUGCAGCUUCGUGGCCCGCAGCCGGUCCCGCGGGAGAUGGCCCCAGCGGCGCCCACACUGCUGCUGCUAUGGCUGCUGUGGUUCCCUGACCUCCCGCCCGGCGCUGCCGGCUGCCCGGCCGCCUGCCGCUGCUACAGCGCCACGGUGGAGUGCGGCGCCCUGCGGCUGCGCGUCGUCCCGCCCGGAAUUCCACCAGGGACGCAGACGCUGUUCCUGCAGGACAACAGCAUCGCGAGCCUGGAACCCGGCGUACUGGCACCUCUCGCAGCCCUGCGCCGACUCUACCUGCACAAUAACAGCCUGCGCGCCCUGGAGCCCGGCGCCUUCCGCGCGCAGCCACGCCUGCUCGAGCUCGCGCUCACCGGCAACCGGCUGCGCGGCCUGCAAGUCGGCGCUUUCGCCGGCCUGGGCCAGCUGCGCGCGCUCUACCUGGCUGGUAACCAGUUGGUGCAGCUGCUGGAUUUCACCUUCCUGCAUCUCCCGCGACUGCAGGAGCUGCACCUGCAGGAAAACAGCAUUGAGCUGCUGGAGGACCAGGCCCUGGCCGGGCUCUCCUCACUGGCACUGCUGGACCUCAGCAGGAAUCAACUGGGCACCAUCAGCCGCGAGGCCCUACAGCCCCUGGCCAGCCUGCAAGUCCUUCGCCUCACAGAGAACCCAUGGCGCUGCGACUGUGCCCUGCACUGGCUGGGAGCCUGGAUCAAGGAGGGGGGCCAGCGGCUGCUCAGCUCCAGGGACAAGAAGAUCAUGUGCGCGGAGCCCCCGCGCCUGGCCCUUCAGAGUCUCCUGGACAUAUCCGGCAGCAGCCUCAUCUGCAUCCCGCCCUCCGUCCACGUGGAGCCGCUGGAGGUGACGGCCAGCCUGGGGGAGGACCUGCGCGUGGCCUGCCAGGCUUUCGGCUACCCGCAGCCCCUGGUGACCUGGAGGAAGGUGGCCCAACCCCGUGAAGGGCAGCCGCGGGCUCAGGUGCGGCCGGAAGGCGGGGCGCCGCGCCUAGGCGGGCCCGGCGCCCCCGACACGGGCAGCGGCAUGCUCUUCCUCAGCAACAUCACCCUGGCGCACGCCGGCAAGUACGAGUGCGAGGCCUCCAACGCUGGCGGCGCCGCCCGCGUGCCCUUCCGGCUGCUGGUCAACCUGUCGCAGCAGCAGCCGCUGCCGCGCGCGCCCCCGCCGCCCCCGCCCGCCGGCCCCGCCGGCCACGAGCUCCUGCAGGAGGCGGGCAGCAUGGCCUUCCGCGCGCUGGGCCUGGCCACGCAGACGGCCGUCGCCGCGGCCAUCGCGCUGCUGGCGCUCACGGCGCUGCUGCUGGCCGCCAUGAUCUGCCGCCGGCGGCGCAAGCGGAAAAAGGCGCCGGGGCCGCCGGGCGAGGGCGCGCUGUUCGUCAACGACUACUCGGACGGGCCCUGCAGCUUCGCGCAGCUCGAGGAGCUCCGCGGCGAGCGAGGCCACGAGAUGUUCGUCAUCGACCGCUCCAAGCCGCUUUUCGCCGAGGGCCCGACGGAGGCGGCGGACGGCGCGGCCACUGGGCCGGGGCCAGGCUUGCCGCUGCAGCCGCCCGCCGCCUACGAGAUUCACUGCUGAGCCGGGCCGAGGGGGCGGGCGCGAGCUGAUGACGUGGGCCGCGCGGGUUGGCCGGCUCCCGGGCUCGCCGCGCGCAGGCGCAGUCAGUAAAGGCUGGAAGCUG